AUGGACUUCUCCCACCAGUACUUCGCUCAGGCGCAGCCUUACCAGUUCAUGGGCAUUCCGCCCUUGACGCCAUCGCAUUCCAACUCGGCAGGUUCAGACGAUUUUAACACGACAUCUCCACCCGAUGUUUACGCCGAGUACCCCAACGACCAGCACUUCAACUCCUUUGAAAACUAUGCUCCCGCCCAGUUCAACCCUCAGCAUGCUUCCUUUCCCGGCCCUCCUGGCCCGCCGACUCCUCCGAACCAUCUGCCCGUGCAGCAACCUCAGCCGCCUCAGCAACCACCGCAGCACAAUGGCAUGCCCGCUCCCCCCGUCCAGCAGAUCAAGCCUCAGCCUGAGGUGGUUGUCCACAAGCAAGAGCCCAUGGAUGAUCACUCCCGUCGCGGCGGUUCCAACUCGGACGACGAGGACCUGACGCCGGCCCAGUCAAGAAGGAAGGCCCAGAACCGCGCUGCUCAACGCGCAUUCCGUGAGCGCAAGGAAAAGCACGUUAAGGACCUUGAAGCCAAGCUUGCGAAUCUCGAGGCAGAGGCCCAGCAAAAGUCCACCGAGAACGAACGACUCAAGCGCGAGAUGCAAAAGAUCAGCACCGAGAACGAGAUCCUCCGUGCUACAUCAUCAAUGAACGGCCACCACAGCUCUACAUCGCCGGAGCCUCGGAUGACGGGGCCGAUGACGUACAACCCCAAGGACUUCUACACCGACCUUCUAGCGAAGCACAACAACAAAACGCCAAGUCACCGAGUCGCGAUAUCAUCUGAAGGAGAACGCUUGCUAGCGGCUGGUGCCACGUGGGACUUCAUCAUCAACCACCCGCUGUUCAAGCGGGGGUUGGUCGAUGUAGGCGACGUAAGCGAGCGGCUGAAGCAUCAGGCACGCUGCGAUGGCCAGGGACCGGUGUUUUCGGAGCGCUCAAUUCUCGACGCCAUCGAAGGCAGCGUCGCGAGCGGCAGCGACGAGCUCCUGUAG